UAGCUUCUGUUCCCGUCUACUCUCUUUCUCUCUCUCUAAACUCUCUCUUUCUCUCUCUCUCUCGCAUCGCUGGUCGAAGAAGAAGAGACCCCUUUCAGUUGUUACUCUAAACUGUCUCUUCUUCUUCGAUUUUGCGCAGAUUCUUGAAUUCUUAGAGCUGUAUUUUUCAUUCUCUUGGAAUCUGUUAUCUGAAUUAAACAGAGAUCGAAAAGAAGAGGAAAAGAUGGCGACAAUCAACGAUCACCACCAAGACAGCAACCCCAACACUCCCGCCGCCACGGCGCCGGCGGUGCCCACGGCAAAGCAGGCUGUUCCCACUGCCAAAACCGUUGAUACUCAGUCUGUGCUGAAAAGGUUGCAGUCUGAGCUAAUGGCCUUAAUGAUGGGUGGCGAUUCCGGGGUAUCAGCCUUCCCUGAGGAGGACAACAUAUUCUGCUGGAAAGGAACGAUCACUGGCAGCAAAGAUACCGUCUUUGAGGGAACUGAAUACAAGUUAUCCCUUUCUUUUCCCUCCGACUAUCCUUUCAAGCCCCCUAAGGUUAAAUUCGAGACGGCUUGCUUCCAUCCCAAUGUCGAUGUAUAUGGGAAUAUAUGCUUGGACAUAUUACAGGAUAAGUGGUCAUCUGCCUAUGAUGUUAGGACAAUCUUGCUGUCAAUCCAGAGUUUACUUGGAGAGCCAAACAUCAGUUCACCUCUCAACACUCAGGCAGCAUCACUUUGGGGCAACCAAGAAGAGUAUAGGAAGAUGCUGGAGAAAUUAUACAAGCCAAGUGCAUAGAAAUUUCUCACAGGAGCUAAUUAGACAGAUGGAAGCUUGGUUGAGAUUGAUUCUUUCUGCAGCAUGAUGUUCACUUCAUUCUCUAAUGUCAAGAGAUUAGUCUUUUGACGUGAAACGAAAAUUGUACUUUCGAUGAUUAUAGUAAAGUUUCUCGUGCCAAGAAAAUGUGGAACUUUUAGCCUAUGUUUGGAUUUGUGUUUUGGGC